AUGUUACAGCAUAUUGUGCUCGAAAAACACUUUAUAAGGGCAUUCUCGUGUGCUAAAAGUCUCAAGGCAGACGAUGGCUAUUUUAGGAGACGCUUGGAGCAACUGGAGGAGGAAAACUCGAUCGACAAAGAAGAUCCAUUGAUAAAGCUCACCAGGAGCGAAGAACUCGAUGAGUUGGCCAAGAAUUUGCCGCAGAAGACGUUUGAACAUCAGUUUCGAAGGCACAUAGAGGCUGUUAAGCUAAGUGAUCAUUUGAGCAAAGAAAUUCGAGAAACGGCGCUGUCGAAACCGUGGACAGGCGAUGAACAUUAUACUGACACUUUGCUUAGAACGUCAGCGGGCACGCUUAAAAACAGGAACAGCGUUACUAGUAAAAGCUUGGAAAACUUGGCGUUUAAAUCUACCACCAACACUGUAAAAGAACUCAGGGGCGUGGUUCCUAAAAAUAUGAGAGUUAGAGAGCGUCUGGAAAAAGCUCAGGACCGCAUUAUCGACUACAAAAACGAAAAGAAUGAUAAGAAUUAUAAGGACUAUGACGACAAGGAAGCGUCUGAAUUUCGCACGUUGUAUGCUGAAAAGUUCACGCCGGUCGGGUCAUUCGAAAAACUUCGGUCCCUUGCAGACGUCAGGAUCGAAGAGAGCAUGAAGAGAGGUGAAUUUAAGUCUACUACACAACUACAUGGCCAUAAACUGCCCAUUGUGCCACCAAAUCCUUAUGUGGACUCCACAGAACAUCAUUUGAAUGACAUCAUGGCCCGUCAAAAGAUAAUCCCGCCCUGGAUCAAUAAGCAAGGCUCAGUGACGAAGGAAAUUUCGCAUUUAAGGUGUCAGCUCGCAAAGAGCUUUCACCAACAACUCAUCAUUGAGAUGGACAUCAAGAAACUCUUUGAGACCAGCAGCUUGCUUGACAACAAAACGUCAAUAGAUGCUUUGAAAAGCUCCGCGUUUAAGAAAUGGGAGCCUAGCUAUAAGAGUAUUGCUGAACCUCAAAUCCAUACGCUCAACAACUCCUUAAGAUCUUAUAAUUUGCAAGCGCCAUUGCCAACACAAAAAUUGUACUUGCGGGUUGAAAAAGAGCUUCUCAGAGUCUUCAACGACACUAACGCAUCAGAAGUAUUCCGGAAAGAACUUGACCUAAGGAAAGAACGUAUUUCUCGCGAAUCGCCCUCAACAGAACACUAUAGCUUGAAGUGGCCAGUGCGUUUCAAGUUUUGGUAA